UUUAGGAAAAAUUAUUAAAACCAUAAUAUAAGUUAACCUAAAAGUAAUCAUCCUUUUGGAUGUUUUUAACAUUAAGAUUUGUAUGAUAUACAUGUGCAUUAACAGUGUGGUUAUAUUAAAGUGAAUGGAAAUGAACAUUUUGUGUUGAUUAGCUAAGUUUGAACAAUGCCAUACAAUAGAUUGUGAUAGCCUAUUAGUGUAUUGAAAGAAACCAAAUUAUUUUAUUAUAAACAAGAUUGAUUCUAAGCUGAAAGUUGGCAACAGUGGUAUAAAAUAUCAAGGAUCUGAAACGCUGUUACUUAAUGAACUGCAAUUGACUUAUGUAAACCCUGAGGAAAAAGAGCUAUGGCAUUGAGGUUAAUUUUAAGUAAUAGACUUCAGAGUUUUACCUCGAAAAGAAUGUACCAGCCUUUUCUACACAUGAGAAGUUUGGUUAAAUGCAACACCUCAUUGUAUCAGUCAGAUGUGUGGAUGAGUUAUUCUACCUUUCAACAUUACUGGGAUGGAAGUUACAAACUCGUAAAUUCCAACACUUUGACUGGCAACCAAUCUGUCCGUCACUAUGCCAAAUCAAGGGACAAGAAAAAAAGUGAUAAAGGUCACAAGAAGAAAGUUCAAAUUAAUGAAGAAUUACUUGCCGAGGUAAUCAAUGUUUCGGCCAUGCAAGAACAAAUGCUAGGUGCAAUUGAGAAGCUAAAAAAUGAUUUUGUCAAAAACUUGUCAUUGCGGUCAACAUCAGGUUCUAUUGAAACACUUCCAAUAACGUUUGAGGGCAAAGAAUAUAUUCUGCAGGAUCUCGCCCAAGUUGUGCGCAAGAACCCAAAAACUGUGGUUAUCAACAUGGCCGCUUUUCCCCAAGCCAUCCCCACUGUGGUUCAGGCCAUCAGCAAGUCCGGGAUGAAUUUAAACCCACAACAAGAUGGUACUUCACUUUUUAUUCCAAUUCCAAAAGUUACCAAAGAACACAGAGAAUCUUUAUCCAAAAAUGCCAAAGCAUUAUUCAUAAAAUGCCGGGAUGGUAUAAAAGAUUCACAGAACAAAUUCAUAAAAGCUGUAAAAAUCAAAGAGAAAGAUGGUCUUUCCCAGGAUACAGCGAAUGAGAUCACGAAUUACAUUACACAAGUGGCGACAGACCAUAUCUCCACAGCAGAGAAAAUGUUAGAAGCAAAGCAACAAGAGUUGUUAAAUGAGGCAUAGCCUUAACAAAAGACUGUUGUCAUCAAGAAACUUUAGGUGUACAUGUCAAUAAACUUUAUUUAUAAUUGA